UCCGUUGCCAGUUUGCCUCGAGCUCGGCUGGGGGGGUUGUGAUGGGCGCGCGCACGGGCUCGGGGCCAUGGCCGCAGCAGGCGCGCCAUGCCGCGGGAUCGCGGAGCUCCGGGCCAAUGGUGCCGGCAGCCUGGAGGCCCACGAGGAUCCUGGCGGGACGGAGUGGGCGGACUCCGCAGAGAUUCGGCUCUUCCUGAAGGAGGGAUACCAGUCGGCCGAGCAGCCGCCGUGCGGCUGGGGCGCCGAGCAGCUGGUUGACGAGGGGCAGCGACCUGCGGACCAGAGGCCGUGCCAUGAUGUCAGAGGGGGCGCUUCGACAUCGGCUGGAGCGUUCGGCUCCGCAGCCAGGUCCAGCAGGGCAGCGGGCGGUGCAACCCCAGCCUUGCCGCUCCCCGCUCCUGCGGCGGGGCGCGACGGGGUGAUGCUCGCCGCCGACGAGGCAAUGGAGGAGGCUGCGGGGGUCCGGAGCCGUACGCCCACGAGGGCCAGCAGCCCGACGAGGGCGCGCGAGUUGGACACGGAUUUGGCGAGACCGCAGAACCGCAGCGCACGCGAGAUUGCGCAGCUUCGGCAGGCCCGCCUCUGCGCAGGCCCAGUCACGCGGGCCGUCCAGAAGCAGACGCAGGCGCAGCUCGUGCCCGCCCUGCCGGCCCCUGGGCCUGCUGAGACAGGGGCCCCCCUGCCGGACCCUCUCCGGAGCCGCCCGCUCACGCGGGCCUUCGCCAAGAGAGCGCAGCUCGGGCACCCAGAGGCGGAGGCCCCCCCGAAGGCUGCCCCUCGGAGCGGUGCGCCCGCGCGGCGGGAGGCGCCCGAGGCGGCUCUGCCAGCGCCGCCUCGGAGCGACCCAGUUGAGCGGCCCUCCCGGCUGCAGAUGACGCGCGGGCAGGCCUCGGGGGUGGCGCUGCCUCAGAGCCGCAGCACCGCCAGGGGCGGCCGCCGGGUCUCGCUGGCGGCGGCCGCGGGCGCUCGCGCCGUGCAAGCCACAGCAGUAGAGGCCGCCGCGAGGCUGGCGGGUGGGCACGCCCCUCAAGCGGACUCGGGCGCCGACAGUGGCAGGCCCCCGCGCCCAGUCCGCGCCUCCAGGGCGGACUCGCGCGCCGACAAUGGCAGGUUCCCCGCGCCCCUCGCCGCGGCCUCCAGGGGCGCGGCGCCAGCCCGCACCCGGAGCUCAGGACCCGUGCGGCGCCCCGCGGGAGCGGCGGCGGUGGGCCCCCGGCUUCGGUCCGCAGGCCUCAGCGCCCGCUCGGCGAGCCCCAGCGCCUGCCCCGCGAGCACGUCGCGCGCGGGCUCGGCGGGCUCUGGCGCCGCGCCCCGUGCGCGGCGGGAGCGCCAAGAGCCCCAGGGCCGCCCGGCGAGCCGCAGAGCUUGCCCCGCGAGCUCGGGAGCUCGCCCCGCAACGAGCGCCCGCGUCGCGGAGCCGACGCGGGAGGCAUCCCGCGGGCUGCGGUCCAGGAGCCCAGGCCGGGCUUCUGGUGCCAGCCGCGCCUGGGCGGGCCCUGGCUGCCCAGCGCCCGCGGGGGUGCACCGUCGCCUGCGGUUCAAGAGCCCAGACCCCCAGGGUUGGCGUCCGAAUUCGGGUGCCAGUCGCGCCAGUGUGGACCCUGCCUGCCCGGCGCUCGAGGGGAUGCACCGUCGCCUGCGGUCCAAGAGUCCGGAUCCUUGCGGCCAGUUUCCGAGUUCCGGCGCCCACUGUGCCUUGGCGGCCCCUGGCUCCGUGGGGGUGCGCCGUCGCCUGCGGUGCAAGAGCCCUGACCCCUGCGCGUGGAGACCAGAGCGCCGCCUGCGGAGCAAGAGCCCAGGCCCUCGGGCGCCGCCGACGAGGCUGUGCCCUGCGCGCUCGAGGAGCCCCGGCCCGCGCGGGGGCGGGCUCGGUGAUCCGACUGCCCGGGCGACCGCGGCGCUGCUGCUUGCGCGACUUGCCAGGGCCGGGGCCGGCGCAGGGUCAUGAGUUCAUAGUUUCAGGCCGCAGCGCCCGCGCAUGGACGGCAGCGCCUCGCGGCGCCCCCGCCCUUUCGGCGCGCGCGCACACGCCGAGUCGUGCCGCGGCAGGCGGGGCCGAGGAGGCUCACGUCCAGGCCUGAGCGGCGGGCCACGCCGGGCGGGCCCAGCUCUCCGGCGAUCGACGACUGGAGGGGGCGCAAUAAACGCG